AUGAAGAGACGGCACGAACACGCCCCCAAGGUGAGCUUUCUGAGCGAAGACGCUGAAUUGAACGACGACGGACCGAGCGAGAGCGAUAGCGAGCUCGAGGACGCGCUGUGGAAAGGAGGGGAUGGAUUCGGAGAGAAUGAUUUCAGUGAGUUGGAACUGAAGCCCGAUCACGCGAAUCGGCCGCUGUGGGUUUGCGACGACGGGAGAAUUUUUUUAGAAUCGUUUUCACCCGUGUACAAGGCGGCGUAUGACUUUUUAAUCUCCGUCGCAGAACCGGUGUGUCGACCGGCGAAUAUGCACGAAUACGUGUUGACGCCGCAUUCUUUGUACGCGGCGGUGUCGGUAGGACUUGAAACGUCGACGAUUUUGUCGGUGUUGGAUAGAUUGAGCAAGACGAGACUGAGCGACGAGAUUCACGACUUUGUGCACGAGUGCACAGAAAAUUACGGCAAGGUUAAGCUGGUUUUGCAGAGGAACAAAUUUUACUUGGAGUCGAAUGAUCCCAAGAUUUUGAAAGAAUUGCUACAAGAUGACGUCAUUCGCGCCGCGCGAGUGGCGGGUUCGGCGAACGCGUCGUUUCACGUGUCGCACGCGCUCAAGGAAAAAGGGGCGCAAAAAUUAGUCGACAUCACCGAAGCGGAGCAAGGCGACGCCAUGGAAGGCGUGGAUAUGCAUAGUUUUGAGAUUGAGGCGAGGCAAGUCGAACACGUCAAGCAGCGAUGCCUUCCGGGUAACCUCGGAUACCCGACUCUUGAGGAGUAUGAUUUUAGGAACGACACGCGGAAUCCGGACUUAGGUAUCGAGCUUAAACCAAUGACUCGCAUUCGUCCUUAUCAGGAAAAGUCGUUGUCGAAGAUGUUUGGUAAUGGACGAGCCAGAAGCGGGAUCAUCGUGCUCCCGUGCGGUGCCGGCAAGAGUUUGACUGGCAUCGCGGCGGCUGCUCGAAUACGUAAAUCAUGUUUGUGUUUAUGCACAUCAAGUGUGAGUGUUGAUCAAUGGGCGGCGCAGUUCAAGCUCUGGACUAACUUGACCGAUGCUCACAUCGUGCGCUUCACGUCGCAAAACAAGGACGAUUUCCCGCCACCCGACGAAGCAUGCGUAUGCGUUACAACAUAUAACAUGGUGAGCGCCGGCGGUAAGCGCAGCGAGGGUAGCGAACGGAUCCUCGAGGCGAUUCGAUCGCGAGAGUGGGGAUGCAUGUUACUAGAUGAAGUGCACGUAGUACCAGCGGCGAUGUUCCGCAAGGUCAUUGGGAUCACAAAGGCGCACUGUAAACUCGGACUCACUGCAACGCUUGUGCGUGAAGACGACAAGGUGGAUCAUCUGAACUUUUUGAUUGGACCUAAACUUUAUGAAGCAAACUGGUUAGAUUUACAACGCGAUGGACAUAUCGCGAACGUGCAAUGCGUCGAGGUUUGGUGCCCGAUGACGGCCGAGUUCUUCCGCAAGUACUGCGAUCCAAACUUCAAUAACAAAAAGCAAGUCUUGUACUGCAUGAAUCCGAAUAAGUUCAUGGCUUGUCAGUUUUUGAUGCAAUUCCACGAGCAGCAGCGCAAGGACAAAGUCAUUGUGUUCAGUGAUAACAUCUUUGCGUUGAGAGAGUACGCAACCGCGUUGCGCAGGCCGCUGAUUUACGGCGAUACAUCACACGCCGAACGCACGCGAGUAUUGCACGCCUUCAAGUAUAGCAACGAAAUCAACACCAUUUUCCUUUCCAAAGUUGGUGAUAACUCCAUUGAUAUCCCCGAGGCAAAUGUCAUUAUUCAAAUUUCUUCACACGCAGGCAGUCGUCGCCAAGAAGCUCAGCGUUUAGGUCGAAUUCUACGUCCAAAGGCGGCGCAACUGAGUGGGAAGAAGACAAACGCAGACGAACAUAAUGCAUUCUUCUAUUCUUUGGUAUCGACCGACACGGCCGAAAUGUACUACAGUACAAAGAGACAGCAGUUCUUGAUUCAGCAAGGUUAUGCCUUCAAGGUGGUGACUGAUUUGAUCGGUCCUCAAGAUAAACCGCAGCUCAUGUACUCGACACAGGAGAAGCAACUCGACCUUCUCGCGAAAGUUUUGAGCGCCGGCGAGGCUGAAGCGGGUGAGGAAGUGCUUCCAGAGGAUGAAGAUGCGAUUAGACAAGCUCAUAAACCAGUGGGUGCCGCGCGUAGGACAGCGGGCUCAAUAACUGCGCUGUCUGGCGCCGAUGGUGCAUAUCUCGAAUUUGAUGCGCAACGCGGCGGCGCAAAGAAGAAGGCUAGCUUUCAACGAGCGUCUGGGGCGCCGAGAGCGGUGAAGCCGAAGAAUUCAAUCUUGCGCGAGCGAGACGCGAUGUUGCGCGGCAAGAAGAAAUUAGCAUAG